CUCUUCUCUUACUUACUGUCUCUCAUCUCAUUCAUACAAAUACACAUACAGUCAUUCUUCUCCCACCCGUGACUCCUUCCCCAUUACCACUACCAUUACUGCAGUAGAAAUAGAUGUAGACACAACACACACACACUUAGUAAAUUUUGUAACUAUCGUUCUUCAAUCAUACUCCUUACUUUGUCAUGAUAAUAAUACCAACCAACAAAGAAAUAUCCGAAGAAACCAUUUUUCUAUCUGAUAAAUCCACCACCCUCUCUCUCAAUCAUUCAUUUCCUCUUUCCUCAUCCUCAUUCUUAUUCCCCCUUCCGCUCCUCCCCCUCCCAUUAAUCCAUCCUGCAUUUAUUCUUGAUCCCUCUUUUUCCAUUCCCAAUUAAUUUCUCCGCGUAUCCAAACUCUAAAUCCUUUAUAAGUUCCAAACUCCAGUCUUCGCUAUGGUCCGCCUUUUCCGAUCCAAGUCUUGCUCUCUAGGACCCCGAAACUCAAUGCCGCCUCUUACCACUUCGCCACACACCCCCUCCCAAGACCAAGACCAAGAUCAAGACCAAGACGAGGAAGAAGACGAGGACGACGCCUUUUUCAGGCCUUUCAUCAACACUGACGAUGACGAUGACGAUGACGAUUUCGACAAUCCCGCUACCACUCCCUUUAUAAGCCCCCGCCGGACUGCUCGUAAUUCUAACAACACUUGUCGUAAAAUUAAUCAGCCGCAGUUCUCGGUUCUGGCGGUGGUGGCGGCAGCGCUGCGGAGGUCGCUGGUCACGUGCAGCCUCGAGGCCGACGACGUAGCGUCGGACGUGGACAUUGGAUGGCCCACAGACGUACGCCAUGUGUCCCACGUCACCUUUGACCGAUUUAACGGAUUUCUGGGCGUACCCGUUGAGCUUCAGCCCGAUGUUCCUCGUAAGCCCCCCAGCGCCAGUGCUAGUGUUUUUGGAGUUUCUGCACAGUCGAUGCAGUGUUCCUAUGACCAUAGAGGAAAUAGUGUGCCGACUAUUCUUCUUAGGAUGCAAAACCGGUUGUAUUCAGAAGGCGGACUCCAAGCAGAAGGAAUUUUCAGGAUCAAUGCUGAGAAUAGUCAAGAAGAGAAUGUUCGGAACCAGCUAAAUAGAGGAAUUGUGCCACAUGGAAUUGAUGUCCACUGCUUAUCAGGGUUGAUAAAGGCAUGGUUUAGAGAGCUUCCAUCUGGAGUUCUUGAUUCUUUGACGCCAGAACAGGUGAUGCAUUGCAAUACAGAAGAGGAGUGCACCAUGCUUGUAAAGUCACUUCCUCCUACCGAAGCUGCAUUGCUUGACUGGGCAAUCAAUUUGAUGUCUGAUGUGGUGCACCAUGAACAUGAGAACAAGAUGAAUGCAAGGAACAUUGCUAUGGUGUUUGCACCCAACAUGACUCAGAUGGCUGAUCCUUUGACUGCAUUGAUCCAUGCAGUCCAAGUGAUGAACUUUCUCAAGACACUUAUCAUGAAAACCCUGCGUGAAAGAGAAGAAUCAGCUGCCACCACAUUAUUCACUGAUUCAUUUGGAAACACAGAGGAAUUGCUCGCACUGAACACAACUGAAGUGGUUCUAUUGGAGCAAGCUUUUGAUGAUCGUGCCUGUAAGGAAGCUGCCACUGAAAACCUCUUGAGGAGUACAACAUUAGAGAGACUGGAAUGCGACAACAGUGAAAGCUUAUUGAGCAUUCGGAGUAAGAGUGAUGUUGGAGAGAAAUAUGAAUGCACUUUGGGGAGGAGUUCACCAUCCACACGCAAAAGGCGAACAUUCGGACAUAGUGUUAAAGAUGAAUAUGACAACAUGGAAGCUGAGGGGAUACUGCACCGGCUAAGCUUGCGAAAAGGUAUGCAAAAGCUACGGCGGCAUCCUGUGUUCCAGUUGAGUAAGACAGUUAAGAAGAAUGGUGGUGGUGGCUUGGCAUUGUAAAUGCUAGCUAGCUAGGAGGUAGACAAGCUGGGGCAUCAAGAGGAAAAGGACUUAGGUCUGAUCAGGUUCUUGCUCUGUUUAGGCAGGAGUGAGGCAACCUGUUAUAUUUCUUAGGAUGGAAGUUUGUAUUUGUUUGUUAAUAAUCGGGUUAGAUAAAGCAUCUGUAGGUGCUAGAAUGGUUACAGGUGCUAAUUGUCGUUGUAGCUCGAUGAACCUAACUGAGAACGUGUAUAACUUGAGCUGUAUUUAUGACGAUGUUUUACACCAAAAUUA